GCCACACAAGCUUAAAAAAACUCUACAGAAGCUCGACGGAGCGAGAUUUUUCUUUUUCUCUUGGUUAAUUUACUGAAAUACAAUUAAUUCAUUGCUUUAAUUUGGUAAAAAGAUUCAACGAGGCAUCAGGGCCCGUAAGUCUAGAAAUUGACAAGCCUUUGUUCUCUGAGAUUAGAGAAUAUUAACUAAAACAGAACGAAGGAAGGGAAGCUGAGAUAGCUUGUAAUCCCAGAUCUGAUUACCAAACAGGUUUUGGAGGAAGAAGGCAUGUGAUUCUCGGCCUCCCUUACUUCUAUGUAUAGGAAGCCUUUCCCAUUCAUCUUAUAAGUGCAUUCUUAUUUGAGACAGCAGUGAACUUUGCAGCUCGGAGUUAAUGCCUUUCAACUCCAUCGAUGCUUCUGUCAGAGAGAUCUAAGUACCCGAAUCAGAGCAAAAAGGGUGUCUGGGAAUCUCUCCAAUCUCCUAAAUCUCGCUGGUCUUCGCCGUCCAGUAUAUGCAGAAGAAUGGUUUCUGGAAAUGGUCUGUUUUACCCUAUUCUUGGUUUUGCUUCCUUUGUGAUUUUCAUAUACAUGUCUUUUGGAGACUUGAGGCCGAGCUUAAGGGAAGAACGAACCUUGUCUUUUGUGGAAAGAAAUGGGACUCAGUUAAUGUUAGAUGGCAAACCUUUCUACAUCAACGGGUGGAACUCAUACUGGUUUAUGGUUCAGUCUGUGGACGAAUCUUCCAGACCCAGGGUUCGUGCCAUGAUUCAAGCAGGUGCGCAGAUGGGUCUCACUGUUUGUAGAACUUGGGCUUUUAAUGAUGGGGACUACAACGCCCUUCAGAUUUCCCCUGGUCGGUUCGAUGAGCGAGUUUUUCAGGCCUUGGAUUAUGUCAUAGCAGAAGCAAGGCAACAUGGAAUUCGGCUGCUCCUUGCCUUGGUCAAUAACUUGCAAGCCUAUGGUGGGAAGACUCAGUAUGUCAAAUGGGCAUGGGAAGAGGGGAUAGGGUUAAGCUCUUCCAAUGAUUCUUUCUUUUAUGAUCCAUCAAUCCGCAGUCAUUUCAAGAAUUAUGUCAAGACUAUUCUGACAAGGAAGAAUACUAUCACAGGAAUUGAAUAUAGAAAUGAUCCCACCAUAUUAGGCUGGGAAUUAAUUAAUGAACCUCGUUGCAUGACCGAUCCUUCAGGCGACACUCUCCAAGACUGGCUUGAAGAAAUGUCUGCUUUUGUCAAAUUGAUAGACAAGAACCAUUUGGUGACUAUUGGCCUUGAAGGAUUUUAUGGUCCUAAUGACCCAAGAGGCCCAGCUGUCAACCCGGAGGAGUGGGCAUCCAGGCUUGGAUCUGAUUUUAUUCGCAAUUCUGGGAUUGCGAAUAUUGAUUUUACCUCUGUUCAUAUCUAUCCUGACCAUUGGUUAAAAACACAAGACUUUGAAGUGAACCUGAAUUUUGUCUCCAAGUGGAUGCGUUCACACAUCGAAGAUGGUGACAAAGAAUUGAAGAAGCCUGUUUUGUUCUCUGAAUAUGGGUGGUCAGACCUGAACAAGAACUUUUCGGUAUCUGACCGUGAAAAGAUGUACAGAACAAUUUUAGACAUAAUCUACAAAUCUGCUAAGAAAAACGAGUCUGGAGCAGGUGCCUUAGUGUGGCAAUUCUUAGUAGAAGGAAUGAAUGAGUUCGAGGAUGAUUUUUGGAUGAUCCCAUGGAAAGGAUCAUCAACAUAUUCACUAUUUCUUCAACAAUCAUGCAGAUUGGCCAAAGUCACAGGAUGGACUCAACAGGACAGAAGUUUCAAAGAGGCAUGUAAGAAAGUUUGAUGCAAUUCAAAGUUUUUUUGGUUAUUGAACCAAAAUGGGGAUGGGAUAUAGGUUCUUUUUGUGGUUUGGUUCCAUGUUAGUGGUCUAAUGGCUAGUCUUUUUUGUACUACAACAUCGGUUUUCAUCAUAUAACCAAUGCCACAAUCAAGUGACUGCAAGAGUAUACAGUGUUGCAGCACAGAUUAGAGACUUUAUGAACAGUGUUAUUUCAAAGAGCAUCCUCAAGAUAAUCUGAAUUUGCGAGGAUCUGUGUAGGUGAACUGAUUGCUUUUUGAAGUCAUACAAGUAAAUCAUUAAACCUGAUUUACCCUGCUGCUGUACUUGAAGAAUUAUCAAAUUAUUGCCGGCACUUUGUAUCA